AGCGUUCUUUCCUGCGUUUGGACAGGCGAGGGGCAGUAGUUUACUUUGUUACUAGACUUUUACUUUAGAAAUUUAGGCUAAAACACAUAGACUGACGAUAUGGAGCUUGAAAUACAAGUUUCUGUGAAUUUUCUGAUGAACUACCUCUACAAUAAACUACCUAGGCGAAGAGUUGAUCUCUUCGGCGAAGAACUUGCCAAGAAACUCACCCAGAAAUUUGAAGGUCAUUGGUAUCCUGAAAAACCUCAAAAAGGAAGUGCCUACCGUUGUAUUCUUAUUUCUGAACAACUAGACCCUGUGCUUGUCGAUGCUGCUAAAGAGAGUGGUCUAAAAGUCGAAGAUGUUAAAGCGAAUUUGCCAGAAAAGUUGUGUCUAUGGAUCGAUCCUCACGAAGUCUCUUACAGAAUCGGCGARCAAGGCUCGGUUAGUUCAAUUUAUAAGAAAGAAACAACUUCAUUUGCCGACGAAAUAUCUGACGCUGAGACAGCGAGAUGGGUUGGUCUUUUGAACGGCCAUAACGCCACAAGAACCAAGUCGUUCGAAAGAAGUGCCGAACGAUCUUCGCCUUCGUUCUCGAAUGGCUCUUCCUCUUCGUCUCCUUCACCUGUUAUGGGCCAAUCAUUUGCUCCUUAUUUUGCUUGGAGUACAGCCGAAGAUGUAGCUAGAAAGCCCCGGUCAAAAGUGCCCAGAAUUCCAUCUCCCCUUUCGCCAAACGCGCAAGAAUUCAGCCCCAUCAAGCCCAUUGGUCGUCCGUGGACCUUCCCGAGGACAGAGCGACAUCAAGAUGGCAGGCGAAAUUCGCCUGUUCCUUCUAACCUAGACUGGCUAGCUUUUACAGAUAUGCCAUACAGGGACAAUUUUCACCAUCAGAUGCCAAUAAUGGCUUAGGUAAAAUAUCUUAAAUUUACUGAAGAARAAAUAAGAGUGCUGCAUAGCCGAUAUUUAUAUACAAGUGAAAAAUGAUGGAGGGCUUUAUUGUAAAUUCAUAUAAAGUUCGUUUCUAAAAAAUUGCGUUCUUUGUAAAAAAAAGUCGCCUCAGUCGAAUUUAUAGACAUUGUCUAAAGAUAUACAUUCACCGUAACUAUAUAUUGCUAAUAUUAUUUGACGAACGGUAUUUCUGUAAAAAAAAUUGUUAUUAAGGUUUUUCCCUCUUUGUAUGAAAGUAAUUUUGUAUAUAAAAUGCAUUUGGUUUUGUUUUAAUUCCAAAGAAAAUUGUGAAUAGAAGUUACAUAUUGCUUUAAAAAGCAGAAAUAUUACUAUAUAAACUUAUUUUAUUGAAAUAAAUGAAAAAAACUUGUUUUAAGGUUUAUAUUGAAAAUGUAUUGUUUCUAGAAGAUACUAAAUAAAAAAGGUUUGCAGGUUUGAA